GGCACUGGCAAGGUGGGCGAACUGGGCGCCGGCCGCGACAACAAGGAAGCCCUCGAGCCCAUCCUCCUCGAGCGCUUCAGGGGCAAGCGGAUCCGUAGCGUGGCGUGCGGGGAGCAGCACUCGAUGGCGGUGGGCGAGACGGGCGACGUGUACGUGUGGGGCCGGGCCAAGGAGGGCCAGCUGGGCAACGGCGAGCGCAAGGCCGCCAACGCGCUCAAGCCCGUGCGGGUGGAGGGCCUGCGGCACGAGCGCGUGGUGGCCGGCGUGUGCGGCUACAACCACUGCCUGGCCGUCACCGUGGGCGGCAAGCUCUACCAGUGGGGCAUGCUCCACAAGCACGUCGAAGGCUCCGCCAACAAGGAGUACUUCGGCAUGGCCAUCGGCCUCUCCGGCCUCAACUCCGACCGCAUGAAGCGCAUGGUCGGCCGCUCCCACAGCACCUACUACGCCGCGGGUGCUACGGGUGAGGAGUUGGAGGAGUUGUCGCGCGUGCAGAACUUCGGGUCGUUCACGCCCUACACGCAGCCCAGCCCCGAAGUGGUCACCGGCCUCCAGCACGUCAAGGUGGUCGAGGUGGCGGCCGGCUACUCGUUCUCGCUGGCGGUCACGUCGCAGGGCGAGGUCUACUCGUGGGGCUUCAACGAGAAGUGCCAGCUGGGCCUCGGCCAUCGCUACAACCAGAGUGUGCCGCAACUGGUGCCUCAUCUGCAGGGCGUACACAUCGUCAGCGCCACCUGCGGGCAGCAGCACAGCGUACUCCUCUCGGCCGCCGGCCAUGUGUAUACGUUUGGGCUGGGCGUGUUCGGGCAGCUGGGCCACGGGGUGUCGUCCGACGAGCGCUUCCCGCGGCGGGUCGAAGCCCUGGUGCCCGCCGAAGAGGGCGUCGAGUCCGCGGGCGAGCGCAUCGUGCAGAUCGCGUGCGGCUCGCACCACACCCUCGCCCUGGGCGUGAGCGGCACCGUGUGGACCUGGGGCAGCGCUGAGUACGGUCAGCAGGGCGGUACCAACGCCUACGAAGAUUGGGCCACCGGUCAGAGAGCGGAGAAGUCGGCAGCGAUGAUCUGCGCGACGCCGCGCAGCUUGUCGGGCUGCUUCGAUGGGAAGCACAUCGCGCACGUGUCGUGCGGUCAUCUCCACAACCUGGCCACGGCGCGCGACGGGAGCGUGUACUCGUGGGGCUGGGGCAGCUACGGCGUGCUCGGCCACGGCAACCACCGCUUCCAGCUCGUGCCCAAGCUCAUCCGCCGCAUCGGCGGCGAGCGCAUUGUACAGACUGCCGCCGGCGCCAAGCACAGUCUCGCGGUGAAUGCGGGAUCGUCGACGCUGUUCGCGUUCGACUUUAAGGUGGCGCUGAACAACCCGCGGUACAGCGACGUGAGCUUCCGCGUGGACGGGAAGACCUUCGCGGCCCAUCGGGCCAUCGUGUUCGCGCGCUGCCCCUACCUCGGCGCCUACACGCUCCUCGCCCACCGCUUCCGCCCGACCGACGCCGACUCGAGCCCCGACCCCAACCCCGUGGUGCAGCUCCCGCAGAUGCGUCAGCAGGUGUUCACCGCCGUCCUGCACUACCUCUACACCGACCACCUCAAGGCCGCCUCUCACUGGCUGGGCGAGAUCAAGCGCGUGGCCGCCAAGUUCCGCCUGCCCCGCCUCGAGGCCCUCUGCACGGCCCAGCUGCACAGCCAGAGCCACUCGCGCCAGUACAAGCCGCCCAAGUCAACGUUUGCCGCCGAGCUGGCGCAGGUGGUGGACGGCCCGGAGUGGAGCGACGUCGUGUUCGCCGUGGCCGACGAGGAGGAGGGGGAGGCCGAGGGCCAGGUGAGGCACGUGCACGCGCACAAGGUGCUCCUCACCUCCCGCUCGGACUACUUCAAGCGCAUCUUCGGCUCCUCCUUUGCCGAGGGCGAACAACCCAAGAGCAAGCCGGUGGCCAUCCAGGGCACGCAGCCGCGCGUGUUUAUGGCGAUGCUCGAGUACAUCUACACGGGCCGACUGCCGGCCGAGGAGACCGUCAGCAGCAACGGCACCAGCGCCAGCGGAAGCAUCGAGGAGGCGGCCGCCGAUGACCCGUCGCUUCCGAACAUCAACCCGGACACCGUGGUGGAGCUCCUGCUCGCCGCCGAUCGCUUCCUCCUCGACGACCUUAAGCAGCUGUGCGAGGCCGCGCUCGAGCAGUCCCUCGAAUCCUCCAACGCCACCUGGAUGCUGGAGCUCUCCGACCGGGCGAGUGCGCCGCGAUUGAAGAAGGCCACGCUGGAGUUCCUGGCGGCGCUUCUGUACCGCGCCCAGCGCCCGCGUGCCGGCACGCCCGUCGAAGAUGACGAAGAGGAGGAGAGCGAAAGCAAGGAGGAGGCCAUCGAUGCAGAUGCGAAGGCGGCUGAGGAGGAGGGCCACGAUGACGUGCCGGCUGGACCCACUUCGGUGGAAGAGCUCGGUGGGCAGCUCUCGCCGCACCUACUGGAGGAACUACGCGCCUUCUUGGCGGCCUACGCUCCCGCCACCGUGCCCCCGCCCACCAAAGACACUCCCUCGUCUUCGUCAUCGUCGUCGACAGCUACUUUGCCGGCAACAACGAACCAGGUGAGCGCGAUCGACUCGCUGCCACCGCUGGUGGACUGA